GCUCCGCUCUAAUAGUAGCAAUUAGCCAUAGCCAUAGAUGCCGGCGCCGCCCUGGCGAUCUCUUUCUGAAAGUCUCGAUACUCCAUUUCUAAAUCUUCUCCCUCUCCCAUCCUGACAAAAAAAAGCAGCAGCAGCAUGGAUCCAGAAACAACCGACCUUCCUACUCCAUGUACAUCUUCCGCAGCGGUCGUUAAUCGUCUUCGCCAGUCCCUCUCCUCAUGCUCCCAGUUGAUUCAAACCGGCGUUGAUUUCCGCAAGUCCGAGCAAUCUUUGUCGGACCUCGUUCUUUUCCUCAACUCCAUCUCCGACUCUUUUGUCAGGGAACCAGAAAACCAAGACUUGGAGAAUGCCUCUUUUCAAAUUCUCACUGAAAUUCGUCUCUUCAUUACCUCUUCUUCAGUGGACCAGCAGGCUGUUAUUGACGCUCUAUCAUUUGAGUUGCCAAAGACCGCUGCUAGGUUCGCCUGUGUAUCUCCAAGGUGUAUGGAGUUUGCUCAAUCCAUUGUGGAUUGUUUUACUGACAAGUGUAGUCCUCGCGAUAUGCUUUCCAUUCUCUGUGAGGCAAUAGGUUCUCCUAGGGAUGCGUUCACGGUGCCAAGUUAUUUCGCUCCUCUACUAAGUGGCUUUCCAAAAGUUUUUGUUUCAAUAAGGAAGAGGCAAUUUGAGCAAGUAAAAGCUGCAGUUCCCGUUAUUCUUAAUGCUUUGAAGGCAAUAGUACUAGAUUCAGAUGAUGAGGAUGCAGAUCUUGGCGAUAUUUUCCACAAAGCAAAUUGCAUUGCUGAUUCUAUGAAAGCAGUUUGUCUAGAGUUGGAAGGCAAGGACAAUGAGAAACUCUGUGCGUUAUUGGGCCUAUUUGUCUUGCAGAUCACGGCCCUUGCUUCAAUGGGCAUUGAAUAUAGGCUUGCACACUCUUCUCCUUUGGUGCUAAAGCUGUCACACUUCCUUCAGUGUUGUGGUUUAUCAUAUCUUGGUUUGAUAAUGGGGACAGAUGUUGAAAAACUUUUGGGCAUUGCUGUGGGAGAUGGUGGAGAUGAUUUGGAGGGUUGUUUCUCUGACAUCUGGCUUGGCGCGUCAAUUUUAGUAAUUUGGGGUUACAAGUCAAAUGAGGUUGCUUUGGCUGCUGGGGCAGAUUUGGUGGCACUCAAGGACGAACUUCAAAGUAGCCGGAUUAAAAGAUGGCAUGCAGUGGGCAUGUUAAAGCAUGUACUAUUGUGCUUAUAUCUGCCAUUGGAGUUGAAGAAGGAUGCCAUUAACUUCCUGCUAAGCAUUAUGCAUGCAAAGUUAUCCCAGAUGCCUAAUGAUGAAAAUGAAGACUACUCAACUUAUAUGCCAACUCUUUGUUCUGCUUUGCAGGCUAUUCAAGUGGUAAUUAUGUAUGCAACAGAUGUAAUCCUACGGAAGAAUGCUUUUGCAGCAUUCAAAGAGUUACUUGCAGAUUGUCCAACUUCCCUAAGAUUUGACAUUUUAAGGGCAUUAAUAAAAGAUGGCGACUCUUCUUCCAUGAUUGCAGUGCUUCUGGACUGUGUUAGGGAGGAAGUGCGCCUAGAAAGUACCAAAAGUCCACCUGCAAGCAAAGUCUCAAAAGCAGAAAGCGAAGGCUCUCAAGGCACUAUUUUUUGGAGUUCGAGUGCCCUUGAAUUGGUGGAGCUGGUUUUGAGGCCUCCAGGGGGAGGGCCUCCAUCGCUUCCAGAGCACAGUGAUGCAGUUCUUUCUGCUCUCAAUCUCUACAGAUUCAUUUUGAUCAAGGAAUCGACUGGAAAAAGCAACAAUACCGGGGUGCUUUCCAGGGACAGCUUGGUGAAGGCUCACAGUGAAUGGCUUCUGCCUCUCCGGACUUUAGUGACAAGAAUGAUGGCUGAAGCUCAAUGUGGCUGUGACGAACUAGCAUUGUGUGGCUUGAAUCCGGUUGAGGUUGUCUUGUAUCGUUGUAUCGAACUUGUUGAAGAACUUACGUAGUGUGUCACGAAGAGCAUGAUUACCACCCCUUCCCCCUACCAACCUGUUUUGCUCAAUCCUUUUCACCUUCUCUAAGGUUAAUCUUUAUGCCUUCCCCCUGCUUUUGAGAACAAUGUGCUGACAUUAUUGGUUUUUUGGGAUUUUUUUUUUCUUUCUUUGUGGGCUUUUUUGGGUGCUGCUGCAUUAUCACUUGUAAAAGUACAUUCAAAAACCUUCAAAUGCGAAGUUAAAGGCCUUCUAAUGUG